AACAGUAGGAGGAGGAUGAGCCGUGGGACCGCCCCACUCUCCCACAGAUAUAAAUAGGAGGUGGAUUUUUUUACUCCACUCAUUUCUCCUGAAGGAUGAGAUCCCUGAAACACCUCAAACAUCACUCCAGGAACAAUGUGGAGGAGGAGAGUAGCCGCCUGGUGCGAACCUACCCCAAGAUGACUGAGAGCCAAGUGGAUGUGGGGACGCAGACCGAGCCUGUGGUGGUGCUUUCUCUGGCUCAGGCAGCUGUUCUCGGUCUCAUCUCCCAGAAUGAAAUCUUUGGGGCCACCAUUGCUCCUAAUGGCUUUUACACUGGGGAGACAAGAGAGUGCCCCCCUCCGCCACCUGAAGCAAUGGAGUAUGAGUACGCUGAUCAGCUGAUCGGGGCCAACGGGGACUACCUAGCUGAGCCUGCUGGGGAGCCGGAGCCCCAGCCCCACUGCAGUGAAAGAAGACGACCGGGGCCCCGGGGGAGGACCAAAAGGCCCAGGAACGACGGAGAAUUAGAGGGUCGUCUGCAGAAAGCACCGAGUCCACAGGCUCAGGUUAAAGGUGAAAGACUUGAGUCCGAUACCCCUCCUUCCUGCAUUCACAUGAAAGGCAGGCAUAGCCCUGGCAAGUCAGAGGAUCCAGUCACCCAACAAGGGUCUCUGAAAGAGGAGCAGGCCUGUGGAAACUGUGCCUCGUGUGUGAGAGAUACACCCAGGCGACAAACAGACAGACAGCCAGAGGAGGUACAAGAAGAGAGCACUGGUAGAGACAGAGAGAGGAAAGAAGAGAAGCUGGUGGUGGCAGAAGAAGAAGAGGAGGAAGCACUAAACCUCAAGACCAGCGGAGAGACUGGCAGUCCUCUGGAGAGCCGCUAUUAUGAGUCCAAUGAGGUGGCCUAUGAGCCUGCUGACAUGUCCCUGCCAGGGGAGUAUGAGGAAAACGGCCAGGCCAUGCUGUGGUCAGACCCAGAGGGGCUCGCCAGGCGGAUGCAGAUUGAUCGGCUGGACAUCAACGUGCAGAUUGAUGAGUCCUACUGCGUAGACGUGGGAGAGGGCCUGAAGCGCUGGAAGUGCCGCAUGUGUGAGAAGUCAUACACAUCCAAAUACAACCUCGUUACUCACAUCCUGGGCCAUAAUGGAAUUAAGCCUCACGAAUGUCUACACUGUGGAAAGCUCUUCAAGCAGCCGAGCCACCUCCAGACUCACCUGCUCACCCACCAGGGAACCCGGCCUCACAAGUGCACUGUUUGUGAGAAGGCCUUUACGCAGACCAGCCACCUGAAGAGGCACAUGCUGCAGCAUUCAGACGUCAAGCCCUACAGCUGUCGCUUCUGUGGCCGUGGCUUUGCCUACCCCAGUGAGCUGAGGACGCACGAGAACAAACACGAGAAUGGCCAGUGCCACGUCUGCACCCAGUGUGGUCUGGAGUUCCCAACCUAUGCGCACCUGAAGCGCCACCUGACCAGCCAUCAGGGCCCCACCACGUACCAGUGCACAGAGUGCCACAAGUCCUUCGCCUACCGCAGCCAGCUGCAGAACCACUUGAUGAAGCACCAGAACGUGCGGCCCUACGUUUGCCCCGAGUGUGGCAUGGAGUUUGUCCAGAUCCACCACCUUCGACAACACGCUCUCACUCACAAGGGUAUGAAAGAAUUCAAGUGUGACGUCUGUGCCAGGGAGUUCACCCUGUCGGCCAACCUGAAGAGGCACAUGCUGAUCCAUGCCAGCGUGAGGCCCUUCCAGUGCCACGUCUGCUUCAAGACCUUCGUCCAGAAGCAGACGCUUAAAACACACAUGAUUGUCCACCUUCCGGUCAAGCCUUUCAAGUGCAAGGUUUGCGGAAAGUCGUUCAACAGAAUGUACAACCUCCUCGGCCACAUGCAUCUCCACGCCGGCAGCAAGCCCUUCAAGUGCCCUUACUGCAGCAGCAAGUUCAACCUGAAGGGCAACCUCAGCCGACACAUGAAGGUGAAACACGGAAUCAUGGACUCCUCAAUAGACGGACAUGAACCCCCCCAAGACACAGAAGGCCAAGAGGACUAUGAAGAGGAGAGCUUUGAAUUCAGCGAGCGAGAAAACCGGGCAAACAACAACAACACACCAGACAUUGCUAAACUAUCACAAAUGGAGUACUACAGCACCUAUGGGAAGGGCGCAGGGCGUUUCAGCACUGCAUGAAUUAUUAAAAUGACCCCACAUUCAAUAUAAGUGUGAACUAAUGAAAUGGGGAUUUUUUAUUUUUUGUUGUUUUUGGUUUGUUUCUUUUUUUUUCUUUGCUGUUAAAGGCAUAGUGCUUUUGUUGUUCUUCGAGGGCAUGAAGAGGCCCAGCAAACUGCACAUUCAUAUGCACUGGAAUUACUCGUAAUGCUACUAAAUUUGAAAAUGUAUACUUUUUAACGUAAUUACAUAUUUUUCAUCUCUAAAAAACAUUGCAAAUCUACUGAAUACAUAUUAUAUUUGAGAAAAGUGAACCGUCAUAAAUAGAGAAGAGGAAAGUAAAAGAAUCUAUAUAAAUACUUUGCUUAAAAAUGGGAACAUCACCUGAACCUAAUUUGAAAAAGCAUCAAAGCAUAUGGUGAUGUCAUGGUGCACUUACUCAUUCAGUCUGCUGGGGUGAACUAAUGUGAAGGGUUAAAGAAGGGAACAAGUUUUACUCCUCUUCUCACUUGCCAAUGCUUUUCAAGUUGCAGAGGUUAACAAUUCACUUUGAUUUAUACUGUGACAAAUUCAAUUUGAGGUCUGCAAAAUUUCAAUCUGUGUUUUAUUGUAUAUUGUUGUACAGGAUGUAUCAGUCCUCUUGUAUGAUGGCUGCGUUGCACCGAGGACCACUGUGUCUACUUUUUAGGUUUCUGCAUUAACAAGCAUCACUCUGUAUUAAGCUCUCCUCUAUGAAUGUAAUUGUUUCUGUGGAAUGUUUCAAGAUACUAAUGAAAAGAAAAAUCCAAACAGCCCUUUUUUUUUUACAUGGUCGUACCCCUUUACCAAAGAAUUGGAUCAAAUCUAGCAGCUACAGGAAACGUCAGCCUCUUCCUCGAUGUUGUGUAGAGCUGGGACAUUGGAUUUCUUGGGGUUUCAGUCAAAGACCUCAUGAAAUUACAUUCAGGUUCCCCUCCCAUCUGUAGAUCUCUUCAAAAGAUUACCGCAGAGAACGGACUAUGGUACAGCUUCUCGCUCAGCACACCUCACCAUUUUCCCUCCAUCUAGGCCUUUACGAGACAAGACUGCAACAUUUUUCAAAAAGCAAUGCAAACCCUGCAUUCACAUUGCAGUUCUGCUUUUUAUAAUGGAUGAAUCUCAACAAGAAUUGUCCCAAAAAACUCGGACAGAAAUAUUAAGUGCCCCAGUGUGUCUGCGAGAGCGUGCCAUCCAUCAUGCUGCACACUGGUCUCAAGUGAUGAACGACAACCUCCCAACAUGUGACAGGGCCAUGGACCUCAUGGAAAAUGAUUUGGGAAAUGCUCAAUCUAUUCAGUUUCCCAGUGCUUAGCUUUUCAAACUUGUAACCUGCAAGGUAUCCAUUUGCGAUGUUGAUAUAGCGCAUUUAAAAAAAAAUUAAAAUGCUAAUUAGUGUGCAUUUUUCAGCUUCUGUGUUCACUCCAUCACUGUUUUAGUGAUGUUACAAAGGGAAAGAUGUUCAGCUAUCUGUAUUUGACAUUAAUUGUGGAGAUCAUGUGGAUAGAAAUGUAUGUAUACUGUUGUGUACCAGACAAUACUGUAAAAUAAUAAAUUUAUUUACCUUUAAAAGAAA